AUGGCUCCACUUAAGGUCAUGGCAGACACACCCACACAACGAAUCCUAUCUGACAACGUGUGGAAGAGCAAGCGACCCGAAACCGACUAUGAACGAUGGCAGCGCGAGCAAGACCAGAGCUACCAACCCGGUGAACGACCACAAUACGAACCGCCAAACGAAUAUCGAACGGAUGACUAUGUGUUAGACGGAAGUGACGAGGUGCGCCAUGGACAGCACCAUGUAGAGGACCAGCCCAUAUCGCACAGUUAUUUUAUAUCCUCAAAAGCCCCGGCAAAGCCCAUCAUAAGCGAGGAUGGCAUCAUACCUACUGCCAGAAAGGCUUUACAUCUUGGCAACGAGACAUUUAUGAGCAGUCUACUUUUGUUCGCCGUCUUGUUGAUCUUUCUCGGGGCGUCAAAGUCAAUCCAACGAGGCAGUCGCUGUCGCAGUUCCCCACGGUCGGAACACCCGGGAUGGACCAAGGCUUGA